AUGGCCAACUGGAAGGACCUGCGCGGAGGAAAAGUUGUUCAUCUCUCCCGUUCUCCUAAACAUAUCGCGCCUGGAUCCCCGUCUUCAAUUUAUAAAUUGGCCAUACAGGGAGUGCGGUCUUUUGACCCUCACACUCCGGAGACAAUUCAGUUCAGCAAGCCUUUAACAUUAAUAGUUGGACAGAACGGGUCUGGGAAGACAACCAUCAUCGAGUGCUUGAAGUAUGCAACCACUGGAGAUUUGCCGCCCAAUUCUAAAGGAGGUGCCUUUGUUCACGAUCCCAAGAUCGCCGGAGAUAACCAAGUUAAAGCGCAGGUCAAAUUGGCAUUUCAGAACAUAAGUGGAGUGAGUAUGAUUCUGACGAAAACUUUACAGGUCGUACAAAAACCCGGCAAGUCUUUGCAAUUUAAAACUUUAGAGAAUCAAUUGUCUGUGAUAAACAACGGAGAAAGGACACGAGUGUCGCAAAAAGCCGCGGAGAUUGAAUCGUUAAUCCCUAAUUACUUGGGUGUAUCUAAAGCGGUGCUGAACUAUGUCAUUUUUUGCCAUCAGGAGGAAAAUUUAUGGCCAAUUUCUGAACCAAUGGCACUGAAAAAGAAAUUUGAUGAGAUUUUUGAUUCUGUCAAGUUUAUCAAGGUGUUGGAGGGGUUUAAAGGCAUCACAAAAGAUAUGAGUGUCGAUAUCAAACUACUCACAAAUAAUGUGGAACAUUUGAAAAAUGACAAGAAAAGGGCCGACUUGAAGCGGGCGGAAAUGGAGGCUCUGCAGAACACUGUUGAGGAUUACAACGCUGAAAUUAUUGAUCUGAAUACCCAAGUCGAGGAAGUCACUAGAAAGUUAGAUGAGUUAUUCAAAUCAAAUCAAGAUUUUGAAAAAGUCUUAUCAAAGUUAGAUUUUCUGGCUACAGAAAAGCAGAGUACUCAACAACAGAUUGAUAGGCUUUUCAGUUCUCUGACAGUGCUACCUGAUAGCACAGAAAUCUUGGAGAAUAACCUGUCGAAUUACGGCAAACUUUUGACCGAAAAAAGAGUCAAGGUUAAUGAGCAAAUUCAACUCGCAAAAGAAGCCUCAGAAUCUUUAAACGCUCUGAGAGACGAAUACAGUGAUACUAUUAAAAAGGAAGGAGAACUUAGAGGUUUAGAAAGUACCUAUAAAAAUUAUAUUCAGGAAAGAAUACAACUAAUCCAAGAAAAUGCGUCUCUACUUGGUAUGACUAUCUCCGAAACCACGAUUAGUUCAGAUGAGAUUGAAGAAGCCUCCUCCAAGGCAUCGGUCCUCUUUUCCACCUGUAAAAAGAAACUUGAUCUACAAACAGAACACUAUGACACCCGUAUUCACGAUCUUAACUUGGAAAUAGGACAGGCCGAAAGUAAACUUGGAAAGGAAGAAGAAAGAUCAUCCUAUUUGAAAAAUGACAUCAACAGUCUGAAGAAACGAAAUCAGGCUCUUCAAAAAAGCAUCAAUGAUAUCAAUUCGAACGAGUCUGAGUUUAACGAAACUAAAGAAGAUAUCGAGAGGCUGACUAAACAGCUUGAGGAUCUUAGGUCAGAAAACAAACUGGCAUCAAUUAAUAACGAUCUGAAGCAAAAUCAAGAUAAAAUUCUUGUUCUGGAAAACGAGUUGGACCAGAUUAAUAAACAAAUAAUAACUAGUAACCGACAAGGUGAAGUAUUGGCAAAGUUACACUUACUCAAGGAGAAUACCAAAAAAGGAAACUCAUCGAUUUCAAAAUUGGUUGAAAGCUAUGGUGAACAGUUUAAAGAGUUCACUGGUGAAGAUCUUAACCCCGAAGACUGCUUACCUGUGUUUCUGGAGGUUCUGAAAAAACGCCAGGAAGAUACUGAUUUAAAGAGGAAAGAAGUUGCAUCAUUCAAGCAGAACGAAUACGAGAGUAAUCAUGAUAGGUCUUUAUUAGAAAAGAAACUGGAGCAAAGUAGAAGUCAGCUUCAGGAAUGUCGUAGUCGAAUUGUAUCGAUUCUUGAAGAUGAACCAAUAGAGGAGUACGAAUCGAUAGUCAAAGACUUGGAAUCAGAUUACGAGAUUGCUUUGCAAAAUUCUAAAUUGAAUUGGGCCACCAAAAACUUUAACGAAACAGCACUAAAGAUUGCCAAAGAGCAUCAGUAUUGUAUUUUGUGUAAGAGAGAGCUCAAUCAUGACGAACUUGGACCAGUAAUGGUAACCAUUUCAGAAAAUAUUGAAAAAGCCAACGACGACCUUUAUUCUAAAGAGAAAGAUAGAAUCAAGCAAGAUCUGGAUGACUUGAAGAGUAUCAGGGAUGAUAUUAGCAAUUUUAGGAACUUAGAAGGUUCGAUUGCUUCAGCUAAUGACGAGUUGAAUGAGUUGAAGACUUUUGUUUCUGAUGACUUGGCAAGAGUAAGUUCAGAACUCGAACAGCUUGAAAGUGAUUUAGUCUCCCUGGAAUCUCUACGAAAACACGUAGUUGAAAUUAGCAAACUUCAAGAGGAUUUGAGUCAUUAUUAUGUUGAAAACAAGUCCAUUGAAUCUGAAUUGAGUGCGUAUGGUGUUCCAGCUAAGACUUUAUCUGAACUUCAGGAGGAUUUGAAUGGUAAAAACUUUCAAUUGAAAGAAUUGAGAAGGCAAGCUGAUGAUCUUAAAGAACAAAGAGAGUUUUCAAAUCGAGAGUUAAGCAUGCUUGAAGGCAAUGUGAAGGAUAAACGUCUAUUGAUUAGCAAUUUUGAGAAAUCGUUAAUGAUUAAACUUAAUUUGGAGAAGGGAAUUGAUGAGAAUAAGGCUAGAAUAGACGAACUUCAACAAACGGGAGAAACUGUACUUGAAUCCAUGAAACUGACCAAAGACAGAUUGAAUAAGCUUAAGGACAACGUGAAAACUCUUGAAGAGGAAAGAGAUUCUACUUUAACUCAAUUGCAAAGCAACGUGGAACAGUUCAAAACAGUACAGGAUAGCUUGGUGCGAUUAAACUCUUUCGUCAACAAGUACGAGCUUGAAGAUGAGCCAAUUUUGAGGCAAUGCGAAAAGAAUAGUGAACACCUGAAAGCCUCCAUCAAAGAUGCAGAGGGUCAGUUGAACAAACUUCAUGAAAAAGUCAAUGUGCUGGAAAAGCAGCUAAGCGAAGCAGAUACCGAAGAACGAAACAUUAAAUUCAACCUGGAUCUAAGAAGCCUAAACAAGGAGCUCGUUCAGAUCGAAGAGAGUAUUGAAUCCCUUGAUCGGCAGAACGCAACUAGUAAAAGGCAGGAGUUUCAAAAAGAAACCGCCAUUCUUAGAGAAAGUUAUUCCCGGUUAAGUUCCGCUCAUAGUAGUAAGAUGGGGGAAGUGUCCCAAUUGCAGAAACAGAUUCAGAGCAUAACAGAGGAAAUCAAGAGGGAUUAUGAACAUGUCGAAGAUGAAUACUACCAAGAAUACUUGAAACUGCAAACUAAAAUGUUCAUUUCAAAUGAUAUCUCGGUUUAUUCCAAGGGAUUGGACAAUGCUGUAAUGAAGUAUCAUUCCAUUAAAAUGGAGGAGAUUAAUAGAAUUAUUGACGAACUUUGGAAGAGAACGUACAGUGGGACAGAUGUUGACACAAUCAUGAUCAAAAGUGACAUGAAUACUCAAGUUAAAGGCAAUAGAUCUUACAAUUACAGGGUAGUCAUGAUGAAAGAAGAUGUGGAAUUGGAUAUGAGAGGAAGAUGUUCGGCAGGCCAGAAAGUACUCGCAAGCAUUAUCAUCAGACUAGCAUUGGCUGAAUGUUUUGGAGUUGGGUGUGGCAUGAUAGCACUUGAUGAACCAACGACAAACCUUGAUGAAGAGAAUAUUGAAAGUCUUGCCAAGGCACUCAAUUCAAUCAUUCAUCUAAGAAUGUCUCAAAAGAACUUUCAACUAAUUGUCAUUACUCACGAUGAACACUUCUUAAGACACAUGAAUGCUACAGAGUUUUGUGAUCAUUUUUUUAGAAUCAGCAGAAACGAGAGGCAAAAAUCUCAGAUAUCAAUGGUAAAGAACUUUGAUUAA